UUUUUUUUUUUUUUUUUUUUUUUUUUUUUUGUUUUGGCUUUUUUUGGGUUUGUUUUCCAUCUGAGAAAAAAGCCCUCCACGCUCUUUAAUGACAGCGUUCUGAAGCGGGGUCAUUCUCCCCUCCCCUGAGCCGAAGCGGUCCCGGGUGCGGCGAGGAUUUCCGGACAAGAUGGGGAGGAAAAAGAUCCAGAUCCAGCGGAUCACGGACGAGCGCAACCGGCAGGUGACCUUCACCAAGCGCAAGUUCGGCCUGAUGAAGAAAGCCUACGAGCUGAGCGUCCUGUGUGACUGUGAGAUCGCCCUCAUCAUCUUCAACCACUCCAACAAGCUGUUCCAGUACGCCAGCACCGACAUGGACAAGGUGCUGCUCAAGUACACCGAGUACAACGAGCCCCACGAGAGCCGGACCAACGCCGACAUCAUCGAGACGUUAAGAAAGAAAGGUUUUAACGGCUGUGACAGCCCCGAGCCCGACGGCGACGACUCCAUAGACCAGAGCCCCCUGAUGGAGGACAAAUACCGCAAAGGCAGCGAGGAUCUGGAUAUCCUCUUCAAGAGAUACGGUUCCACAGUGCCAGCUCCCAACUUCGCCAUGCCCGUGACGGUGCCGGUGACCAACCAGAACACGCUGCAGUUCAGCAACCCUGGCAGCUCGCUGGUGACCCAGUCCCUGGUCACCUCCUCUCUCACAGACCCCCGGCUCCUGUCGCCCCAGCAGCCAGCCCUGCAGAGGAACACGGUGUCCCCAGGGCUGCCACAGCGGCCAGCCAGCGCAGGGGCCAUGCUUGGGGGAGACCUGAACAACACGAACGGAGCCUGCCCAAGCCCUGUGGGGAACGGCUACGUGAGUGCCAGAGCCUCUCCAGGGCUCCUUCCCGUCUCCAACGGCAGCAGCCUGGGCAAGAUCAUCCCGGCCAAGUCGCCGCCGCCGCCCUCGCACGGCGCGCAGCUGGGAGGCGGCAGCCGCAAGCCAGACCUGCGUGUGAUCACCUCGCAGAGCAGCAAGGGGCUGAUGCACCACCUGACCGAGGACCACUUGGCUCUGCAGAACACCCAGCGGCUGGGUGUCUCUCAAGCAACUCACUCUCUGACCACACCAGUUGUUUCUGUGGCCACUCCAAGCUUGCUGACACAGGGGCUGCCCUUCUCAGCCAUGCCCACGGCGUACAACACAGAUUAUCAGCUGACCAGCGCUGAGCUGUCCUCGCUGCCGGCCUUCAGCUCACCUGGAGGGCUGUCCCUUGGCAACAUCUCUGCCUGGCAGCAGCAACAGCAGCAGCAACAGCAGCAGCAGCAGCAGCAGCAGCAACAGCAACAACAGCAGCAACAGCAGCAGCAACAGCCACAGCCACAGCAGCAGCCUCAGCAGCAGCACCUGGUCCCGGUGUCACUAGGAAACUUAAUACAAGGGAGUCACUUGUCCCACACCACCACUUUGACUGUCAACACCAACCCCAACAUCAGCAUCAAGUCGGAGCCCGUGUCCCCCAGCCGGGAGAGGAACACUGGCACCCCGCUCAGCACCUUCCCCCACCCGCCCCGGCACGAGCCCACCGGCCGCUCGCCCGUCGACAGCCUCACCCGUCGCUGCCAGGGCUGGGGGCUGCGGGCAGGGGAACGUUCACUCCAGGUCGGGGUCAGCAGAGUGAGCCUGGGGGAGGCAGGGAGAGCACCCACCACCCAAAGUGGUGAGAAUGGGGCUGAGGGAGAGUCUCUAACAGUGGGCUUCAGCUGGCAGUUUGGGGGCAGCGGGGACGGGGUGACACGGCGCUGGAGGGGGAGCAGAGCUCGGGAACAACGCGCCGCUCGUCAAACCGCCGCCUGUCGGAGCGGGGUUUCCAUCGGUGGCGGCUUUUUGGGGGGAUGGAGACACCCCACAGGGGCUCUGGCCACAGUGGCCAAGCCAGAAACGUCCCCCCUGCCCGCCUGCCUCCCCCGGGACACCCACGGAAAAUCCCGAGGUUCCAAAUCCUCCCGGAUCAUCCGAGACCGACCGCCCCCGCCGUCGCAGCCCGGGGUGACGGGGGAAGCUGGCGUGUGCCGGGGGUCUCCGCUCUGCGCCGGGGGUUUUGUCACCGCUGAAACGCGAGGAGUCAGGAUUGCCUCCAAAACCCUCCCCGGGGCCGGGGCCGGGGCCNAGGUGGGCGAAGGAGCCGGGGUGAGAAAGAAGGGAGGCCGGGUAACCCGGGAGAGAGAAGGGAGGCCGGGGGAUGCGAGCGGCCUGGCAGGACGCGGCCGCUCCAGGUUCUCGUCCCCGCUCCGCGCUUUGGGUUCCGCGGGGCUUCGAGCUUUGCUCGGGGGGACUCUCGCUGUGCGCAGCCUCCAGUUUGGGGAGAGCCCGGCCCGGCCCGGCCCGCAGAGGAGAAGCCGCCGGCGCGGGGAGCGCGGCCCAGGUAGGGCUGUAAAUGCUGGGCCUGAUGGGGGCCAGACCAGCGGGUUCCCAUUUUCCCAGUGGGGGCAACUGGGAGAGAGGGUGGACAGGGUGGGCUUGCUGCACUGGUGGUGGCAGCGGGAGAAUCCAGCUCCAGACAAGAGACAAAAGCCAUGA